UACUACUGGAUAAAGAUUUCUUUGAAUUAAAGAUGAGAAUCUCCGAUAAGUUGCAACAAGCACAUUCAUGUGCGAAUCCUCCACCAGCUACGUUCUCGUUUGAGUUCUUUGUUCCUAAAACGUCUCAAGGGGUUCAAAAUUUAUACGAUAGAAUGGACAGAAUGUACGAUUUGAAUCCUGUUUUCGUUGACAUCACUUGGAACGCUGGUGGUCGUUCUUCCACUUUGACCAACGAGAUGGUGUACACCGCACAAUCUGCUUUGGGGUUGGAAACAUGUAUGCACUUGACUUGCACAAAUAUGGCUGUUGAACUUAUUGACGAGGCCUUAGAUAAGGCGUACACUUCUGGAUGUGAAAACAUUUUGGCUCUUCGUGGGGAUCCACCUCUUGAUGGUAGUGAAUCAACGGGACAUUUCAAGUAUGCCAAGGAUUUGAUUGUGUACAUCAAAGAAAAAUAUGGAAAUCAUUUCAAUAUUGGAGUUGCUGCAUACCCUGAAGGUCACCCAGAAGAAAAUGAUGAUGAUAAUGUCAUCAAGUAUCUUAAGGAAAAAUGUGAUGCUGGGGCUGAUUUCAUCGUCACUCAAAUGUUCUAUGACGCUGAUAACUUUAUUUCUUGGUGUGCUCGUCUCCGUAAGGUUGGUAUUAACAUCCCAAUCAUUCCUGGUAUCAUGCCUAUCUCCACCUAUGCCGCGUUCAUCAGAAGAGCCAAGUGGUCCGAGAUCAAGAUCCCCCAACACUUCUUGGAUGCUUUGGAAUCUAUCAAGGAAGAUGAUUAUCUUGUUAGAGAACGUGGUACUGAGCUUGUCUCAGAAAUGUGUACCAAAUUGCUCAAUUCUGGCUAUGUGAACCAUCUCCAUUUUUACACCAUGAAUUUGGAAAGAGCUACCGUCAUGAUUUUGGAAAGACUCAAUUUGAUUGAAAUGGCCAAAACUCAUGAAGUUAUUGGAGGAUCUGUCUUACCAUGGAGAAAAUCUCUUCAUCCACAAAGAACCAAAGAAUCUAUUCGUCCAAUUUUCUGGCAAAAUAGAAAACAUUCCUAUGUUUCACGUACUUCCACUUGGGAUGAAUUCCCUAACGGUAGAUGGGGUGAUUCUCGUUCUCCAGCCUUUGGUGAUAUCGAUUUAUCUGCCACUGAUUUGUUGAGACAAUCUCCAAAGAGAGCCUAUGAUUUGUGGGGGUGUCCACAAUCCAUGGAAGAACUCGCCAACACCAUCAUUUCAUACCUUAAGGGUGAUUUGACAUCACUUCCAUGGUCAGAUGGUGCUAUUGGUGAGGAAUCCCAUGUCAUGGUUGACAACUUGAUCAAAUUGAACAAGGAUGGAUUCCUUACCAUGAACUCCCAACCUGCCUUGAACGCUGUUCGUUCUAACGAUAAGGUACAUGGUUGGGGUCCUAAGGUUGGAUAUGUCUAUCAAAAGCAAUACUUGGAAUUCUUCUGUCAUCAAGAUAUCAUUCCAAAAUUGUUGCAAAAAAUUGACGAAUUCAAUCACAAAACCAGCCAAGGUAACGAGGCUAACUCAAGUGUGUUGACCUACUACGCCGUCAAUAAGGAUGGCGAAUUGUCGACCAAUACUAAGGAGGACGACAUCAAUGCGGUCACUUGGGGUGUCUUCCCAGGUGAAGAAAUUCUUCAACCAACCAUUGUUGAAAAAACAUCAUUUUUGGCAUGGAAGGAUGAAGUCUACCGUUUGAUUUCCGAAUGGGGGAAAAUUGUUCAAAGUGACAUGGUGAAAUCGACCGGUGCACCUGAAGCUUCACUCUCUGGAUUUGCUGAUCUUAUGGGUAAAUUUGGAGAUGAAUACGUCUUGUGUAACUUGGUCAACAAUGAUUUCAUUGAUGGUAACGAGACUAUUUUCAAUCUUUUGGAUAGCUUGAGUAACUAAACAAGACAUUAUUUCAUUUUAUCAUAUCGCAGGACCUAGACACUCAACAUGUCUAUCCACGACUACUUUCAACAAUGUGGUCGAAAAAUGCGUAUCUAUUUUCACGAGGGUUUACGACAACUAAUUUUUGUUUUCGGACAAAACAUUUCAUUUCAACAAGUUUUUGGUUUUUAUUCUGGUUCCUUUGCACUGUAGCAUCCUCAACGGCAUUGUUAUAAAAGUUUUUUUCUAUAUGUAUAUAAUCAUUGAAUUAUUAAGAAAAUUAUAUUGUA